UUGUGUGAGAACAGCUUACAGAAUGCCAGGCCUCGAUUGUGAGAAAACUCACAGGCGUCAGCAGCAAACCCACUGAGAGCUGGGGUUUAGAUUGGCCUACAACUUUCCAAGUGCUGCUUUCUCUUCAGAGCUCUUCCGCCUUCUACACUUUCUGCAUCCUUGCACACUUGCUUAGAAGAACUGAACUACUGGGAGGAUGAAAAGAGGCUUUUACCCUCAAUAACGGCAUUAAAGACAAAACGACAACUUUGACUUAAGAAUGAAGACAAUCAUCUUGUUUGGUUUGGUGCUGGGAGCGCUCUCUGCUGCAGGCAAAGUUUAUAUCGCAGAGGUUGGGGGCAAAGUCACCCUGCAGUGUGGCGUCACCAGCAUAAAAUCUAGGCUGGAGUGGAAGCAUGAUAAUCUACGUAUACUUGUAUUCGAGACAAAUGGUUUCAUUAACAAAGGAUCAAGUGAAAUUAAAAUGAGGGCAAAGAAAUCAAAAGACACAGACAUAGAAAUCUCCAAAAUAAUGGAAGGGGAUUCUGGAAAGUUUACUUGUGUUGUAGGUCGUUCAUCUCAUGAGCACCAUCUGAUCGUAGUUUCAGUCUCUGCUCCCUCUGGUCCUCUAAAGGUUGGCGCUGACGCUACUCUGGAGUGUAAAGCAAAUUCUGGAGUGUCAGGUCUAUGCCAGCCUGAAGUCAAGUGGAGGAAACCCGAUGGUUCAGUUCAGCCCGAAUCCAAAGUUGAGUUCAAAUCUGUUGCUUUAACAGAUACAGGGAUUUGGCAGUGUCUAGUGUCCUGUCAAGGGGAGACAUUUACUAAAAAUGUAACCAUCAAUGUAGAAGAACCUGUUCCAGAACCAACAACUCCCACAUUAGUCAACGAUCCCAAAAACCCAAAUUCAGGAAAUGGGAACGACUCCUCUGGUGGCGUCAGAGGACCUGAGGACCCAAUGAUGCUGCUGGGCCUGGUUUGGUGGAUUUGGGUUGCAAUCGGAGCUGGAAGCCUGGUAGUUAUCAUCCUGGUCAUCGUCAUCAUUGUCAUGCACAAGAGGAACAAAAGAAAGAAGAAGAAAUUUCUGAGGAUGAAGAAAGCCCAACUCUCUCAGAAACCAAAGAAGUACUGCCAGUGUGUGCGCCAAACAGCUGCAGCAAAGCCGCAGCAAGGACGCCGGAGAGAGAAGCCGUCAGCCCUGCCGCUUCAACCUCUGCUGCAGGAGUGACAUGAAAGAGGGAGGAAGGAGAGAUAAAGAGAGAGAGAGAUGGAGAUAAAGAGAAGGAGUGAACAGCAGAGGGUGAAUGUGGCAUGAAUGUAAAUGAGCGUCUGAAUGAAAGUAUAAUCAAAUGUAAUGCUGUCAGCACUUUGAGCUUUUUCAGCAAAUACUGUAUAGGCGGUGAUCAUUGUAAUUUUAGCUUUAACAUGUAUUUUUUUAAUGCUCUUAGUGUAGAUCAACAUGCUAGUGAUAGCCAUCAUGCUAAUGUUAGCAUCUUAGCUAAAAUGAGCAAAUUUGAGCUCAUUUUGAUCUUAAAGCACAAGCUAAUUGAUUUAAAGCUGCAGUGUUUAACUUUCAUUUAAAAAAAAAGUUUAACUUGUUAAAACUAUAACAAGUUUUAACAAGUCGUGACAAGAUGAGAUAAACCUUGAAAAGAAAGAUCUUCUCCACCCACUCCUGACCA